AUGGGUAAUAAUCCAGUGUUUGCCGUCACCGUGUUCUUUAUCUGCUUCCGAGAAUGCUUGGAGACAACCGUGGUCGUCUCGGUCCUUUUGGCCUUCUUAAAGCAGACACUAGGAGGUGGCGAGGACCAGAAGAUGUAUAAACGACUAGUAAAACAAGUCUGGCUAGGAUGCGGGUUGGGCCUCUUCGCUUGUCUCGCCGUGGGCGGCGGCAUGAUCGGUGCCUUCUAUAGCCUGGGAACCGACACUUUCUCCAGCACGGAGGAUAUCUGGGAGGGCGUUCUGGGUAUCAUUGCCUCUCUGAUUAUCACCAUCAUGGGUGCGGCCCUGUUGCGCGUGUCGAAACUCCAGGACAAGUGGCGCGUCAAGCUCGCGAAGGCGCUCGAACAUGAGCACAACCCGAAUGAAACUCGCAAAGGCCGCUUCAAGCGUUGGAUGGAGAAAUACGUCAUGUUCAUGCUACCUUUCAUCACCGUCUUGCGUGAGGGUCUGGAAGCCGUCGUCUAUAUCGGCGGCGUUGGCCUGGGACUCCCGGCCUCCUCGUUUCCGCUGGCGGUGUUCUGCGGUCUGCUUGCCGGAGUGGCCGUGGGCUAUAUUAUCUACAGGGGUGGACGUGAGACCUCAAUGCAGAUCUUCCUGAUCAUCUCGACCUGCUUCCUCUAUCUGGUCGCCGGCGGCCUCUUCUCACGCGCUGUCUGGUACUUCCAGAACAACGCCUGGAACCAUGUCAUUGGCGGCGACGCCUCAGAGACGGGCUCAGGCCCGGGAUCAUACGACAUCAGUCAAAGCAUAUGGCACGUCAAUUGCUGCAAUCCCGAGGUGGGUGGCGGUGGUGGCUGGGGAAUCUUCAAUGCCCUACUCGGCUGGACCAACUCGGCGACCAUAGGGUCGGUCCUCGCGUACAAUUUCUACUGGAUCUGCGUCAUGAUCGGCUACGGGCUGAUGCUGUGGCGCGAGCGUAAGGGUCCCCUGCCCUACCUGGACCCGGUGGUGCACAAGGUGGUCAACGCCAAGGGCCGGGCGAAGGCUUUUGUGUUCCGCACGCCUUGGGAUCAGCCUACUACGGCUGGACCUGCUCAUGCGAGCGGUGCAGUCAUGGAGUACGGUGUCCUGCAGACGGAGAAAGGCGCUGUGGCCGGGCCAUCUACGGCUAUUUGGCAGUCUUCAGUGUAG